CCGUCUCGGUGUAUAUAUAUGUACGAUGUAUUUGCCGCUCGUCCAUCUCGUCGCCGCCACCCCCACUCCUCCUAGAUCAGACGCGUUCUCCCCUGUCUCCGUCAUCUCUGUUCAGCGCGCCGAUCGAUCCAUCCGAUGGCGUUCACCUGCAAGCGACCCGCCGCGUCCCUCGACGGCCACGCCAGCCAGCCGGGCGCGAUGUGCCGGAAGAGGAGGCGCGUCAUCGGGACCACCUAUGACUACGACCAGGAGUCGUGCCUCGGCAGAGGCAAGUUCGGCGCCGUCGUCAAGGCGCGGUGCCGCGCGACCGGCCAAGUCGUCGCCAUCAAGUCCCUCCACGACCCCGCCGACCCCCGCGAGGUGCUGCGGGAGGCCCGCUUCCUCGAGGCGUGCGGCGGCCACCCGCACAUCGUCGGCUUCCGCGGCGUCACGCUCGACUACGUAACCGACGAGCUCUGCCUCGUCAUGGACUACGUCGAGGGCAAGAGCCUCAAACUUCUCCUGAGCGAGAGGAGCGGCGGGCUCCCGGAGGCCACGGUGUGCACCUUCAUGUGGCAACUCCUCACGGCCGCCAAGAAGAUGCACCGGUGCCACGUCGUCCACCGCGACAUCAAUCCUGCUAACAUCCUCGUCGGAGGGGAAGAAGCCGGAAGAGGGUUCGUCAAGAUCUGCGACCUCGGCGUCGCCAUGUCCAUGUCGGAGGCGCCGCCGUACGAGGAGGAGGCUGGCAUGGGGGAGUACCGGGCGCCCGAGAUGCUGCUGGGAAAAGAGGACUACGACGCGCUCGUCGACACGUGGUCUCUCGGGUGCGUCAUGGCAGAGAUGCUCACUGGCGAGAGGAUUUUCCGAGCCGCCGAAUUCAUCUCUCUCUUCCAAAGGAUCUUCGAAGUGGUGGGCGUGCCAGACGACACGACGUGGCCGGGGUUCACGUCGCUGCCGCACGCCGCCCCGCCGCCGCUGGUGCCGGGGCAGCAGAGCACGCUGCGAGAUCUGUUCCCGGAGGAGGUGCUGUCCGCGGAGGGAUUCCAGGUCCUCAACGGCCUUCUUACAUGCAACCCCGACAAACGGCUGACGGCGACCGCCGCGCUGAAGCUCCCGUGGUUCGCCACCGCUGCUGCAAACGCCCGCCCUUCUGCUCCGACUGCUGCUGCUGCUGCUGCCAAGAUCGACACGAUGGCGCUGUCCAUAAAGGAGGAGGUGGUGGAGUUCGCUCCGUUGAUGCCUCCUAGAAAGAGAGUCACGGCCAAGAAGACGUUGAUCAGGAAGAAGGCGCCGCUGAUCGUUCCACCGGCCACAUAAAGGCGCAGAGAUCUUCUUCUUCUGCCUCGAUGCUUGGGACUUUUCGGAUGCAAAAUAUGUAGAUGCUUGGAUGACAAUUUAGUGCACCCAGAGCGGAGUAAAUUGUCUCUGCUCAAGCUCGAAGCAUCUGUACACUUGCAGGCUUGCUGCGUUGCAGUGUUUGUUUUAUCCUGUAAUAUGUAGUGUUCAAUGCAAUGUGUUGAA